AUGGACCAACUGACGAUCCAAGAUCUUCGUGCCCAUCUGUUCGACUCGAUAGUUCUUCCAGCGUUCUGUUACGCAGCGGAGAUGUGGGCAGACGCCGCUGCCACGUCUAGGAAGCUACUUACUACCCACAGAGUCCUUGAGAAGAGCCUUCUGAAGUUUAAGCGGCGCACACAACACCUAGCCGGUCUUCGCAGCUCCGACUUAAGAGGAAUGUCCCGUCUUCGCGACCCAGCGGAAUAUGUAUCGAAAGCAAAAUAUAGAUGGGCCGGUCACAUCAUGAGAAGAAUCGGCGGUAGAUGGACUAGAAGAACACUAGAGUGGAUCCCAAGAGGCGCUAAACGCCCUCGAGGGAGAUGGGGUGACGUGUUCGCUACACGGAUGGAUCAUCUGAGAGCUCAGCUGGAUACGGCUCAAGGACCUCGUCAACGUCAAUCACGAAACUUGAGAACAUUCUGGAUGACAAUGGCGAGGGAACAAUGCGAGUGGAAGAGAUGCUGUGGCCCGCACGUCCAGUGA